AUGGCGCAGGUUGAUUUUUCGCACGAGUUGUUUUCGGUGGGUGAUGUUGGAUCAGCGGUGAACGCGGCUCCGGAUCACGGCGGAGUGUUUAACGGCGGAUCGGGGACAAAUGUCUUCGUCAGUAAUGCCGGGGCGCUGGGACUCAGUGCGGGUGAUGCGCUCGAUGCGUUGGAUCGAGGGGAUGUGUACAUCACGGCUUCAGGUGUCGUUCAGUUUCCGUUCUUGUUUUCUCCUGAUAAUCCAGCGGUUGGACAAGCGGGCACGCCGAUGAAUGCGAACUUCCCGUUUACCGGUGCGGAUAUUUAUGCGCUCCCAUCUGGUACGACUGGUCAUGUGCUCGCGUACAACGAGUCGGACAUGGGGAUGUUGAUGUCUCCGGAUGAGGCGAUCGAUGCGAUGACUGAUCCUUCUUCGAUGAUUGGUCAGCGGAUCUAUUUCUCGCUUGAGCAGGGCUCACCAACGCUUGGGAUUCAUGGGUGGUCGGGCGCGGAUAUUCUGACGGUUGUGGUUGGAUCGCCGGCGACGCUGCAGCGGGCGCUGACGGCGAGUGAUCUUGGUUUGAUUCCGAGUGAUGAUGUUGACGCGUUCGCGAUGUUCGGACGGAACGAUGCGAACGGGAAUGCGAUCUUUGAUGACAUCAAUGAUUCGGCGCUGCUGUAUUUUUCGGUGAGUCGCUUGAGUGUGGGCGUUCCGGGGAGUGAUGUGCGGCUGCGCUCGCAGACUUCGGCGUAUCACGGCGGGGAUAUCUAUAUGUCCGGUGCUUUUGGGGACAACACGCUGUUGCACGAAGCGGAUCGUCGGAUCCUAAUGGCGCCGGGGGAUGUGCUCAAUGCGCUCAAGCUUGGGUCGGGUGAUCCGCUUGAUCCGUUCCCGAUGUAUGGGCCGGGAUUCCCUGAUCCGGCGGAUGAGCCGGAGAAGCCGAUGAGUUGUCCGCCGUAUCGUGGGACUGGUGUGCCGAUCGGGACGAUCUGGGUUGAGGUGUGUGAUGCAGAGGUUCCGAAUAUUGUGAACUGGCAGAUCGAAGUGAAGAUGUGCGACGGCAACGGGAACACGAUGAGUGUCGUCAAGCAGGGGCGCGUCAAAGGCGCUGCGAGCAGUGAUCCGCAUGUGAAGGCGCAGAUGAUCAAGGAUGCGUUUGAGAGCGUGAUGCUUGAUAAACCUGGUCAGAUGCCUCCGGCGAUUCCUGUGUUCAAGGGGUUCGCGAAGUUUGUGCCUCCGAUCAAUGUACCUCGUCCAGGGAUUACUGGUGAGGUGUGCAUGUUCGUGAAUCAGGAAGUGAUUGACUGUGGCUGGAAUGUGGAUCGGAUCUGUUUCUCGUUUAGCAAUUGGACGGCAAACAUCAUCGUGAAACCUGUGAAGGGUUGGUUCCCUGAUGCGAAGCGCCGGAUGAGUCUGCAGGUGAACGGCGUCGCGGAUAGCGACGCGCUGCUGCGGAUUAGCGCGACGGAUUCAAACGGUCCGGGUGGGAUCGAUGUGUCGUUUGCGGUUCCUGUCGCGGCGGGGCAGGAUGGGCUUUCGGCUCUGCACGAGCUUUCCAAUCACAUCGCGGACAUGGGUGGGUUCGCGCCGGUCAGUCCUGAUGGCGAGAUGAUCGUCGAAGCGCUCUCGAUCGAACCACCAAUCACUCCGGAGGGUUUGUUUGGACCUUUGGUAUAUGAAGCUGGCGCGAUUAACAAUGCGGAUCUGCAGAUCACUGUCGGUGCGUCUUUGGCGCGUGGUCCGAACAGUCCUUGCAGUGCUGUGGAUUAUGCAGAGCCUUACGGUUCAUUAAACUUCCUUGAUGUGUCGGCGUUUCUUGAACGCUACAGCAAGGGGAUUGGUGAUGCGGACCUGGUGUACGAUGGCUCGUUCAACUUCUUCGAUGUGAGUAAGUUCCUCGAGUUGUAUGGCGAGGGGUGUCCUGGGUCUGAUGGUACCAAGUAG